UGAACCUAACCUCCGUGCUUAAUCCAUAACCUAAAUAUAAAAUCUACAAAAUUGCAUUUAUUGCAAUUUUCGUUGACAUUUGACUAUUUUUAAUAAUUAAUUUAUGAACCAAUGCAAAAAGUGAUAACUAAAAAUAUGGUGCUUUUAUUUUAAAAUAUAGAAAUGAAAUUUUCUGUAAAAACCUCGGUAAAAAGUGCUCCCCGUUUAGGAAAACUAUAUUGCAGUAAUGAUAGCCCUUCAAGUUUUCGAUUUCAAACUCCAAUGGUAUUGUUGUACACAAGGGGAGGAAGCCUACCCCAUAUUACCCAUGAAGUAUUUAAAAUGAUCUCUAAGAAUCAAGAAAUUAUCCAAAUUCCACUUACAAGUACUUAUAGUUUCCACCAGGCUAUGUCCCAGUUUGAAGGAAAUAUUGCAAGUUUUGUAGGAAUGAAGGAUUGUUUAUCAUAUAUGACCGUCCAAGACCCAGGUGAAUUGACCCAAUCAGGGCACCAUGUUAAAGAUAAUAUACCUAUAUGGACUAGAGGUGGAAAAGUUAUGAUAAAUGCAGAUAAGUACAUGGAUCUUAUUGAGAAUUAUAAGCCAGAUAUGUAUUGUAUGUUAACUGAUAGUGACACUAAUGUUGCAAGUUUAAAUAAACGAAUUAUCAAGUCAGUUGAUAAUACAAUAAAGUUUUACAACAAAUGCAUGGAAAGGCAUACAAAAUCUGAAAUAUUAAAAGAUACAUUUGUGAUUGCGAGUGUAACAGGUGGCUAUAGUAUUAGAGAAAGGAAAAGAUGUCUUGAUGCGGUCACCAGUAAUGAAAAUGUUGGAGGCUACGUUAUUGAUGGACUUCAUAAUAAUGGACCAGAAGUAGAAUUUAUUCCAUUUGAUGAAGUCAAACCUGUCGUUAAAUAUGUCACUGAAAAUCUUCCAGUUGAUAAAGUUAGGAUAGUUCAAGGAUGCUGGAAUCCACUAAUGGUUCUACACUUAGUAGGAUGUGGUAUUGAUAUUUUCGACACAUCUUACUGUUAUAUUGUAACUGAGCGAUCAGCAGCUUUAACGUUUUCAUUAGGAACAGAUGAUAAGUUACAAAAAUUCGAAAUUAAUUUGCGAGAAUCACAGUAUGCCGAUGAUUUUAAACCAAUUUUACCGAAUUGUACAUGCUUAGCAUGUACCAAACACACCAGAGGAUACAUUCAUCAUUUACUCGCAGUGCAAGAGUUGCUAGGACCAAUAUUACUGACCAUUCACAAUGUUCAUCAUUAUCUUCGCUUCUUUGAAAAAAUUCGUGAGUGUAUAAAAGAGAACACAUUACCAGAAUACCAAACUAAAAUAGCCAAAGAGUUCAGAGAAUUUGAAAAGAAAAUCUCAUCCAGAACGAGUAGUGAUACCUCUGUAAUCGCCGCCGAAAGCUAAAAUUAUUUACUGAAGUAUUAUAUAUUUUAUUGCAGUGGUUAUUUACCGUAAGCUUGGUACAGAGACCCUCCAUGACGCCAUGAUUUACAUCACAUGUUUGCAUGACGUAUCCGAAAUUUUGUUCAUUUCUGUCGUAG